UUUAUCUAUUUUAUCUACCCUCAUUCUCAGUUGUUUACAAUUUAUAUAUACUUUGACAGCUGGAGUGCCAAUGGAGAAUAUACUUUAUCUAGGUGGUCCAAAUAUUGCCGCAGAAAUCUACAACAAGGAGUAUGCCAAUGCUCGAAUAUGUGGAGCUGAUAAAUGGAGGAAACCUCUGGCGAAGUUUCUACGACAACCUCAUUUUAUUGUCUGGGACAACAGUGACCUUGUUACCCAUGAAGUCAUGGGUGGCUUGAAAAAUGUCUAUGCUAUUGGUGCAGGUAUGGUAGCAGCCCUUACCAAUGAGAGUGCUACCAGCAAAUCUGUAUACUUUGCACACUGCACAUCAGAGAUGAUAUUUAUCACUCACUUGUUGGCUGAAGGACCUGAGAAACUUGCAGGGCCAUUAUUGGCUGACACUUAUGUGACUUUACUAAAAGGUCGUAAUGCAUGGUAUGGCCAGAUGCUAGCUAAGGGUGAAUUAAGCCCAGACAUGGGUGACAGCAUCAGUGGCAAAGGAAUGAUUCAG